CAAUCUAGCAACUCUUUGGAAAAUGUCUAGCAACUGGGGGUACAGCAGAUUGCUUUGACAAUGGUAACACUUGUGUUCAUCUGCAGAGGAACAGUGUUUAUUUUUGGAAAUCCAAUAAAAAGUCCUUUUGGCUAUAAUUUCUUGAAUUCAUACGUGAUAUUAAAAUAACAUGGUACUAAAACCCUUACAAAAUGACCUCUGAAAACUGUUUGGUAAGAGCAGUAUAUUCGUUCAAAGGCAAAAAUAAUGAUGAACUGUGCUUCAAAAAAGGGGAUAUUAUCACAGUUACACAGAAAGAAGAAGGUGGUUGGUGGGAAGGGACUCUAGGAGAGACAACUGGAUGGUUUCCAAGCAAUUAUGUGACUGAAUAUAAAGAUCCCACUGGAUCAGUCACCACAUCCCCAAUCAGGGCAGUGUCCGAGAUACAAGCUUUUAGAAAUGUGGUGCUCAAAGAUAUCAUUGACUCUGAGAAAGCUCAUGUUGCUGAAAUGCAAGGACUUGUUAGUAAUUUCUUAGUGCCAUUGGAGAAAAGUGAUAUGUUGACUAAAGAUGAAUUCCAACAAUUAACUGGAAAUAUAAAUGAAGUCCUACAAGUACAUGAACAGUUUCUCUCCCUCCUCGAAGAGUGUGCCACAAAGACAGGCCCAGACCAAAGGGUGGGAGGCCUAUUUCUACAGUGGGCCCCGAAAAUAAAAUCUGUUCACCAAACUUAUUGUGCAGGACAUCCAAAAGCUGUAUGCAUAUUGGACAAAUAUAAAGAAGAGCUAAACACAUGGAUGGAAAAUGCAGGUGCAGUAUGCCCAGGAGUGCUAGUACUAACAGCGGGAUUGUCGAAGCCUUUCCGCCGCCUUGGAAAGUAUCCCGCCAUGUUGCAGGAACUAGCGCGCCAUGUACACGAGGCGCACCCCGACAGGGGCGACACGCAUCGUGCUUCUGUUGUAUACAAAGAUAUUGCUAGUGCUUGUACAGCAUUACGGAGGCAAAAAGAGUUGGAGUUGCAAGUGGUGACUGGUGAAGUCCGGGGCUGGCCCGGCGGAGAGCUGUCCGCUCUAGGGGACGUCCUGCACAUGGGCAGCGUGGCUGUCGGUCCCUCUCAUCAGGAUCGCUAUCUGGUGCUGUUUCCAUCAUCACUGUUGUUACUUUCAGUUAGUAAAAGAGUGUCAGCGUUCGUCUAUGAGGGUUGUCUGCCUUUGACAGGCAUAACAGUAGCCAAGUUAGACGAUACAGAAACGAGAAAGAACGCGUUCGAGAUAAGUUCACCAAUGAUUGAUACGAUAGUAGCGGUGUGCCAAACCAAAGCGGAGGCCGACAACUGGGUUAGCUUGCUCCAGAAACACUCAAACACCAACAGCCCCUCUCAUGAGCCCGGACAACCACAAUCCUUACCUCAUAUGGCCAUGAGCGACAGUAAUAACUCGGAUCUAUCGUCCGGCCUCAGCAGCCACAAACGAUCGCAUUCAUUCAACAAUCAUCAAAGCUACACACAACACACGCAGCAAACUCAGAAAAAUAAGCAAAAGAAUCAUUCGGCACGCUGGCUCUUAAACUCUUGUGACUCACUGGACCAAUCGCCCGCUAAAACAAAUAAAAGUCCCAUUGGGAAGAAAUUUUCGUCUGUUGACUUCAUCGACACAUCAGUUUCAAGUUAUAGCAAUAAAGGCUGGAGCAUAACCUGUCUCCGGCCAGCGCCGCCCCUCCGGCCGCAGUCGUUCUCGGUGGGCUCGGACGAGAACAUCGGCCCGACCCACCCCUAUGCCCCGCACCAGCGGAAGUCCAACUCUUAUGAAGAAGACGCCCUUAUCUUGAAGGUCAUCGAGGCGUACUGUACUUCCGCGCGGUGCCGAAACGCUGUCAGUUCCGUGGACUGCGGCCACUUUUCUGUCGGUAAAGUACAAUAUCACGCACCCGCUACUAACAUACUUCACUAUAACUAUACUAAACUGCCGAUCGUUCAGCGAAGCGAGACACCGGAGCAGAUGGGUUGUAGCAAGUCGUCGAAAGUGAAAAGGAACAAAAGUUCGUCGGCUGCGGACGCGUACUUGUACAGCGGUCCGGAGACGAGGCGGCUCCUGUCGGAACGGAAAUUUCACAUGAACCGUUCCAAUCCUAAUUUGUGGGAGUGUUCGGAGGAGCGCAGACCGAGAUUGCACGGCGGGCGAGAGCGGCGCAGCGGCUCGCACCCGAGCCUGGCUCCGCUGCGUGCUGUGCCCGCCCCCGCCCCCGCCCCCGUCUCCUCGCGCUCCGCUCGUUCCUCCACCUGGUGCUGCGGCACAUUUGUCAAACAACUCACCAAAUCCCAUCAUUUCGAUUGACAUAAGUAGAAUCUUGUGUAUUACUCAAUGCUCAUAUCGGUUCCUACAAUAAUUACCUAAUUCCUAAACAAUAAGAAUACUAAUCUCUUACUUUAUCCUUCACAAGCCAGAUAUGCGUGCGUGAUUGCAUUCCGAAUUAUUUGUCCCCGUUUCUCAACAUUAACCCAAAACAGAUUCCAUUGACUAAUCAAUCUCAUGAUUUUGUACAGUUUCAUUAAGUUUUAAAUUUUUUCAUAUUGCUUUUAAUUUUAAGUGAUACAAGCGUCUGAUAUUGCACGUUUGAUUUAUCCGUCGCCUUGUAACUGUAAAGUGCCAUUAAACGGCUUUAGAAAGCGUGUUAUCUAUGUUAACAUAGAUUUUUUUCAUAUUUUAUAUUGCAUGUGUGAAGUAUUACUCAGAUAAAUAUGUAUUUAUAUUUGUGUCUUAGACAUAAAGAAUAACAAUAAUAUAAACUAUGGUGCAUUAUUUGAUUUGGUGACAUUAAUAUGCAUGUAUAUAUUGGUUGUAUUUUGCGUUACAACUUACGAAUACAAAUUGAUAUUGUUUUAAAAAUAACGAAUUCUAUUUUAAAUAAUUAAUCACGAUAUGUUGUCGAUGAAGGCGACGAAAUAUGUGAUAUACAUUUACGGCCAUAGUCAUAUACAUAUAUGAGUACAGUAUCUAGUCCACUCACCAAUGCUUGUAUAAUGUCGACGCUUUGUUGCUGGCCAACGGUACACUCUGUUUUACCAAUAAGCAUAUGAUAUAUUAUGUACAGUCAUUGUAACCUAAUUUUACAAAUUAAGUGUGCUUUGGGCUACGCUUCCGUGGUUAACGAUUAAUCCGGGUGUGUUUUAUUAAAAUCAACUAGGCGGUUGAGACGUGAUAAUACUAGUAGGUGCAGUAAUAGACGAUUUCAUGUUAACAUAAAAUGUUUACGAAUUAAUCACAUUUCCAAUAUUGAGGUAUAACGUAGGUUAAUAAUAAUGAUAAUGUAUAUUUCUACUUUGCUCUUUAUGAGGAAAAGUAUCAAAUCAGUGAGGGCGUCUCAUCUGAUAAAUUGUGUCUUGGUAAUGGAACGCUUAAUAUGAUUACAACACGUUUUGUUCUGACCCGCGUGACCCUGCUCUGAAAGACAUGCUUGUUAAGUACAGUCAUAUGAUAUUGGUUUAAAGCAAUUGAAUUGAAUCAAAAGGAGAGAACCACGUGUCUCUUUGACCUAUAGUGGAGAAUUACAAAAAUCACCUGGAAAGUUUUAUACAAUUUUAAGUUUCGCUUAGAGCGGCUCAGAUGGGCAGUAUUCCAACAAUUUGUUUAUGAAACUACAAAUACAAAUGCAAACCCAUUCGUUUCCAUGAUUUUAUAUAAACGAAAUAUACAAUACCGCGGUGCACCUGACGUCCUAAAAUGAAUACUUCAUAAUGCCCAAAGCGAGUGACAUUUUGUAUUUCCAAGCCAUUCUGCAAAAUACAUCGUGAAAUCUUGUUUAAAAAACAUCGUAAUAUUCUCUCACGAUAUUUUCAGUUUUAUUAUCUUAUUCCUGAAUUAAUAGAGGAACUAAGUGUUGGAAUUUUAAUUUAUUCAUUAUUUUCUCGCAGUAAUUUUGCGAGGGUCGAAUUAUGUAAAACGUAAGAGAAGGAAGGAACAGCUAAUAGAGACAAGUGGGGCAGGUUAUUAGAUUGUGCAGUGGGUAAUCAGGGCGGGCAGCGGCCAUUCCUUUAAUAUUGAACAGGAUAGCGCAGUACUCCGCCUGCAACAUUUACAUAUAUGAGCGUUCUGUUAAACCAGUGCCAACUGCAAUAUAUAUUCCCAAAUUCAAAGCAAGCAUACUUCACAUACAAUGCGUUAAUCGAAUACAAAUAUGAUUUUCGCUAGCCUAGCCACAAUCCUUAACGUCUUAAGCGUAAUUUUGGUUUAUAAUUUAAAUUAAUUUUGAUUCUCUUUAGAGUACAUCAAAGAAUUAAAUUUUAUUUUAGUUGACUCGUUCAAUGAAUAUUGAACAUUGCAGUGUGUCAGCUAACUUGCCAGUCUCGUCUCAUAUCUCAUUAGGGAAAAAGGGAACUAAAGGAUAGUACGAACUUGUUAGGCAAAAGCUGAUUAAUUACAGAGGAAACUGUAAAGUCUGCUCUCAUCACUCGCUAUCAUUUAUAUUUUUUGAUAAAUUUCGAAAAUCUAUGCGACACGUCGUAUGUGUGGCGUCUAUGUAUCUCACAUACUGCUCAAUAUAUAUAUUGUGCUGUAAUAUUAAUAAUUCUUCUAUGCUCAAAACUAAUUAGUUUUAAUUAUUAAUUUAACGCAACAAAACGUGCAGUAUGUUGUUAAGGCAUAAAAACCAAGUUAGGUACAGGCCUGGUAAUACAUAGUUAUGUAGUAACUUUACUGCACUUAGCAAUGACUGAAAACUGUAUUUAUCCAACUAGUUAAAAUGACUAGGUAUAAUUUUUAUACCUAUUCAUUUUACUUUUAGUACAUGUAAAUGAUAACAUACUAGAACAACUCACGUCGUUACCCGGAGGGAAAAAAUAGAGUCAAAUACGGAGAGUAUUUGACUCUAUUUUUCAGUCGGAAUCAUUGGCUGCCUAUCUAUCGAUUUGUUGUUGUUGGCACCAAGUACAGAAUAGGUACCUUGCCACUCGGCGCUACGACUUAUAACUAGCUCGAUCUUUUUAAAAAUAGGUAUAUAUUACAAAACUGUUGUUGUUGUUAAUAUAAUCAGGGGAAAUAUAGUCCUCUGGCUAUUGUUUGUCCCUAGCGAAGUUCUAACUAAGUAAUAGCUAAUAUUAUAUUUUCCACUUUGAAGAUUCACUCAAUUAUGAUGCCACACACCUUGAAUAACUGCGCAAUCUGCCCUGUUUAUUUGCCCAUAACGCGGUAUUAUGGCGAGGUAUAAAAAACGCAAUUUUCAGCUCGCAAUGUCACGUAAUUGUUACUUGAAACGAUUUCUAAGUUAUCUCUGAAAUUACUGUGCAAAAUAAAGCAUUUCUUUGUUAUUGAUUGAAUUUCAAAUUUGGUUUUUGGUAGAAUAUAUUGAAUUUCUUUUUCAACUACUUUUAACCUAAAAUUUGCUAUAACCAAUUCUUAAAAAAAAAUAUUGUAGUUAUAACGUUUAGAGUAGCAUUAAUUUCAUAUUAACUUAUAGUAUUAAUAAAAAUAUGAUAAAGUUGUAUUACACCCAUACUUACCAAAGGCUACAUUAACUAUGAAAGGAUGAGGUACCUACCUAAGAUUUUUGAUUGUAUCAUCCACAUCGUAGUGGAGUUCUUUGUUACAAUAUAAAUAUUUUAGCAGUUUCACUCUCAACCGUACGUGAUAACGACCCUUGAAGGUUGGGUAAAGCCGUGGCGUUGACAAGAAUAGGGGCGACUUCAUGCCUUGUAAUUUAUUAUUAAGAUUAUAUUAUAUAUCGCACAACGUCGCCGCCGCCAUAUAAAUUUGUUUAUUACUAACUUAUAUUUCUUGUAUCUCUUGUCUAGCAAGCAGAUUAUAAAAAGGAUAAUGACUAUUAGCUUUCUGUUAAGUAUAUGUCAAGCUAAUAGCUGUUUCAAAUUGAAGAGCUGUCUAGAAAUUACUGUACUUCCACAUGUACCUCUCAUACAUGUAUCUCCUUAUUUUAUAAACAAUAUUGAAAUUAUUAUAAAUUUGUAAUAAAUAACCUAAUUCCGAGUAUUAUUUCGCAGUUCAUUAUUGGGCAGCGCUUAAAGCUAUAUAUAAUUUUUAAAUGUAUCAUUUCCUAAUUGUUCGUCUAGUCUACCCUGUGUUAAAUGAAAUUCCGACAUCUCAUAUCUAUAGAUCACAUAGAACGGAUCUUGUUAACUUCAUGUUUUAUUAAAAUGUGUUAAUUAUUUAACAUUGAUAAGAAAAAGUUAUUUUUCAUAGCAAUAGUUAUAAUUAAUCUGUGCUAUACAUAUAUUUAUGUGACUACAAUAAUUAUAUAUUUAAAAUGUGUGAAUAUAACUAUGACGUUUGUGUGUAAAAGUUUAUAAGUCUUGUAAUAUUUAUUUUUUUAUGAAAGUAUAUAUAACUUAGUAUAAGUACAUAUUAAAUAAAUUUUUUGAAAUCACAUAACUUA